AUGGCUGAAAGAUAUUAUGUACUUAUUGAUGCAACUCCUCAGUCUCAUGCACCUUUCUUUGAUGAGAGUCCUAUAUUCCAAACAUGGCUAAAGGUUUAUAGUGAUGUACCUGAAGCAUUAAAAUUCAUAUCCGCAAUAAAACUACCAUAUAGUGUAAAAGUAUAUCUGGCAAGGGAUAAUAUUCUCGAUGAUGGUCUACGAUCGCCAAUAGAUAAUAAAAUGCGUACUCUUAUUCAAACUUUAAGUGAUUUAAAUGCGAUUCAUCGUAUUACUGUAUUUUGUCCCAAUAUGAAUAAUGACCCUGAGGUACAGAUACGAGCCAUUGUUGGUGACCCACGAUCAAUAGACGAAGUUAUUUCAGUGGAUAAUUUACGUAUGAAAAUGUGUGAAGAAGGUAUAUCCCAUUUUAGAGAACAAAUAUCUCGUUGUAAGCAUGGAUAUGACACACAUCUCCUACCAAACUUCAGCGAAAAUAUGCAGGCCUUAAUGGAAUAUUUGAGAACAAUUAUGAAUGAACGACGACCAGAAGAAGAUGCUUUGGUUGAGCAACAUUCGAAUAAACCAGGUGAAGAAGUAGCAUAA